AUGCCUGGCAGAGUCGCCGCCCGUUCAACAUCUGCGACGACACGCAGAUCGUCAGCCCAGCCCUCUGCGUCUGGGCGCGCUGCCUCCGUGACCCCAUCAUUUGCGAUCCCCGAAGAAGCGGCAGAGCCAGUUUCAUCCCCCACCUUGCGUCGCGAUGUCUGCUUGUUAUUUGCGGACGCCCAGCGCUCGACUACCGGACACCGAAAACUGGUAGUGCGUUUGCGCAAGCUCCAGGAAAUUUGCUGCGGUAUUUUUCAGAAGAAAAACGACAAGAAGGCAAAGGACCAGGAGCCCGAGGAUGCACUUGUUCCCGGCGAGGAAACAGAGGCUGAAAAGGAAUUUAACGUGGAAGUCGGCCGCUGUAUUCUCCGUAUUCUCACAAUCAAGAAGAGUGAGCCUGUGGGAGACCGCGUUCUACGCUUCUUGGGAACUUUCCUCAGCCAUGCCGCUGAGAAAGACAACGAGAUGUUUGCCUCCAAUGAAGAUGAAGAAGAACAAAAUCCCGAAACCCCGACGGCACGCCUCACUUCUAGUCUGGUUUCGCUCAUGGUCCCCGUAAUGAGCGCAAAGGAUAAAACGGUGCGAUUCCGCGCAACUCAAAUUACCGCCCACAUUGUGAACUCGCUUGAAGCAAUCGACGAUGAGCUAUACCAUACGAUAAGACAAGGCCUUUUGAAGCGUCUGCGAGAUAAAGAGGCAUCUGUUCGAGUGCAGGCAGUUCUCGGACUAGGGCGCUUGGCUGGGGACGAUGGCGACGAUGAUGGCAACGACGAUAACUCUACUGCCCUCGUGGACAAAUUGCUUGAAAUUAUGCAGAACGACACAAGUGCUGACGUUCGGAAAACUCUUCUUACGAACCUUCCUCUUGCCCCGAAGACUCUCCCUUAUCUUUUGGAGCGCGCCCGUGAUUUGGACGCUGCUACCAGACGUGCAUUAUACUCUCGUCUUCUUCCUACUCUAGGUGAUUUCCGCCAUCUGUCCUUAUCCAUGAGAGAAAGGCUUCUUCGGUGGGGUCUGCGUGAUCGAGAUGAAAGCGUUCGCAAGGCGACAGGCAAAUUGUUCUAUGACCGUUGGGUGGAGGACUGCGCUGGCACUAACAAUAACCCUGAUGAGGGGCCGGCCGGCCAGCAUUCUGCACCUGACAUCAAUGCAAUCCUGGAACUUUUAGAAAGAAUCGAUGUUGUCAACUCUGGAAUGGAAAGUGGAAUUGCUCACGAGGCAAUGCGCAGCUUCUGGGAGGGCCGUGCGGACUACCGUGAAGCUGUUAUCUUUGAUGAGCCAUUCUGGGAAAGCCUGACAGGCGAGUCUGCUUUCUUGCUGCGCUCCUUCAAUGACUUCUGUCGCGUGGAUAAUGACGGGAAAUACGACAACCUUGCGGACGACAAAAUGCCCGAAGUCACAGCCUUCGCGUAUUUCCUUGGUAAGUACAUCGCAAAGCUUCUGGAAAGGAAGAAGAUUUCCAAGGAGAGUGGAGAUGCAAAUGACGAUGACGCCGUUGAGCAUGAGUUUGUAGUGGAACAAUUGCUCCACAUCGCUCCCACCUUGGAUUACAGUGAUGAGGUCGGUCGACGAAAGAUGUUCUCCCUGUUGAGAGAGACUUUGGCUGUUCCAGAGCUUCCGGAGGAAAGCACCAAGCUUGUGAUCGAGACUCUUCGGUGUGUCUGUGGACCUGAUACUGCAGCCGAAGCCGAGUUCUGCAGUGUCGUCUUGGAGGCCAUUGCCGAAGUUCACGACACUAUCACAACAGAAGAUAGCUUUGUUUCAGCCAGAUCUGAGAUCAGCGAUGAUACAAGCAGACGAUCCGAAACCCCGGGCGAGGAGGAAGAGGCCCCCUUCAACAAGGAAGAAGCCAAAGCAAAAAUCGUUCGCGAGAUUGUCGUCAACAUGAAGUGUCUGUACAUCGCCCAGUGUAUGCUGCAGAAUGUCCAGGGUCACCUGCAGCAGAACAUGAACCUUGUUACUAUGCUUAACAACCUUGUUGUACCGGCUGUUCGCAGCCACGAAGCUCCAAUCAGAGAACGGGGUCUCUUGUGUUUGGGUCUUUGCUGCCUGCUUGACAAGAACUUGGCCGAAGAGAACAUGACUCUGUUCAUCCAUUGCUAUAGUAAGGGCCACGAGGCAUUGCAGGUCACAGCUCUCCAAAUUCUCUGUGAUAUGAUCACCACACACCCGUCUCUGCUCGCUCCCGUUACCCAGGCUGAUGGCGAGACCAUCACACCUCCUCCCAUGCAGAAGCCUCUGCUCAAGGUGUUCGCCCGUGCUCUGCGUGCCAACUCCCCUAACACCGUGCAGUCUGGAGCAGCUGCCGCUCUCUCAAAGCUCCUCCUAACCAAUGCAUUUACUCCUUCUGGACCUAAUAUCCCUAUUGCAAUUCAGGAAUCAAACCAGAAUGCCGUUGAGACUUUGCUGCUAUCGCUUGUUGUGGCAUUCUAUCACCCUCGCACCCGUGAAAACCCAGCACUUCGCCAGUCUCUGGCUUACUUUUUCCCUGUCUACGCCCAUUCCCGUGUGGAAAACACACAGCAUAUGCGACGAGUGGCGGUUCCGGUCGUGCGGGCUGUGAUGAAUGCUGCGGAAGAGUACUACUCCCUCGAGGCCGAGGAAGACAGUGAUGGCGAGGUCGAUGCGAGCGUCGGUGAGCGCGAAGUGAAGGCAUUGAUGACCGGUGUCAUUGGUAUGCUUUCCGAAUGGACCGAUGAACGCCGAGUGGUUGGCCUAGGCGGCGAAAAGAUCCUGGCAGGUGGUACUGCAAGCUCCAGUGUUUGCGGAUGGGUUCAUCUUGCUUUAGUCAAGGACAUCCUUGAACGGGUUCUUGGCAUCACUGCCGGAGCCAAUCGCUGCUCCCGGGAGGAACGCAAGCUUCUCUUCUCCCUGCUUAGCAAGCUUUACUUCGCUGCCCCUACAUUGCCAUCGCGGGAACGGACAGGCUCCCGCGUCCCCGAGAGCGAGGAUCAAUUCCGCACAAGUGUGCGCAGUGCUACAGGUGUCGAGAUUUCUUCAGAGAACACCGAGCUUGCGUCUCAGGUUAAGGAACUUUUGGACGAGACCAUUGAAGAGGGCCUCGCCGGUGAAGCUUCUAGCCGCAAUGCCCUUGUCAAAGCCAAAAAUGCUAUUCUAAAGAUUAUUGCGGUUUCGCAGGAUGCUCGCGCUGCUAGCGCCCGUCCCCGAGAAGGCACUGAAGAUGUUGAAAAUGAUAGUGCCAGUGUUCGCUCUGCCAGUGUCCGUCGCUCUGUGGAGCCUUCUGGUCCUGCCAGCCGUCGCCAUGUCUCCGUUGAACCCAGCAUCAUGGAAGAGGAUGAGGGCGAGGGAGACAGUCGUAUGACGUCUGCUACUGCUAACCGCCCCGUUGUCUCCAUCGAACCUAGUAUCAUGGAGGAGGAUGAGGAAGAUGAUCAUGAUACUAGCCGAGGGACUAUGAUUAAAGAAGAGACUGGUGAUGAGUGA